CAAGUUUUGCACAAUUUUGUAAACAUUAUGGUGGUGUAGAGAGAAGAGAACUUGGGGGUGGACCCAUAAAGAUCUACUGACAGCAACAUUUUCGCAUUAAUGUUUAAAGGAAUAUGUCUUUAAUGCAAGCUAAAGGUAACAAAGAGAAGUAACAAAUAAGCAAGUGCAGAUGUGUUGAAUAUGAAGAGUCAACAAAAUGUCAUGACAUUAGACAGUCCCUCAAUUCUGUACAAACACAUUGCCAACCACAGUGAGCGUCAGGGUUCCGUCUGUUCAGAGUCACUGUCAGUGAUGGGGAUAAACCAUUCAACAGCUCAAAGAAGACAUAAAAAAGUUGAAAUGGUGAAUGUUAGCCUCAUUCAUCAUGGACUGCCAGCUUCAGAAGACACUUGUCUGGGCGUUGUCAUCAUUCCAGUUCAGCAGUGGCAGGAUCUUCGAUUGCCUACACUACGGGUCAUGCUGAGACAUCAGCUUAGUCAAGUUGUACCUCAGAGAUUUAUAUUUUAUUCAAAAGCAAGAUAUGAAAUACAAUAUGCUCAAGAAAAGGAUAUUCUAUGUUCCCAGAUUUGUGAUUUCAAUAACACCAUAUUAAUACGCAACAGUUAUGACUUACCAAAAUUAUUUGUCAAAAAUCAUGAUGACACAGAAAUCUAUGGACACAUAUUUAGUACCUUUUGUUCUACGCUGGUUGAUGUUAGAGAUACUGUUAUAUCCAGUUGUUCACAAGUGGCAGCCUCCACAAGUAAGUUUCAUUUUCUUCACCCUGAUGGCUCACUGAUUCCAGUUGCCAUGGAGACACGCUUUAAUGUACACCACAUACUUAGAAAACAUGAAAUAAGAAUUUUCGUGAGUGAUCAUGUGUCCUGGGACUCUGGGGACACUCAUACUCAACUGAAACGCAAGUCAUUUGAAUCUGUAGUAGAACAAGCCAGAGCCAAGACAUUAAGGUUAUCUUUCACCUCCAGCAAAGACAUAGACAGAAAGCCAACAGACGAGACUGCUGUCAGGACCCCUGUACAACAAGAUAGCAAACAGUUGUUGAUCAGCUAUGUCAGGGCUGAAGCUGCAGAACAUGCUGUCAAUCUGAAAAGAAAGUUAACAGAAAUUGGCUUCUCUGUUUACCUGGAUGUUCAUGAAAUUAAGUCAGGGAUAGAUUGGCAAGACUCUCUUAACUAUGCUGUCAGUAAUUGUCAAGUAUUUAUUCCAUUGGUAACACCUCGUUAUGGAGAAACACAGUGGACUAAUAGAGAGGUCAAACUGGCAGAUGUUUUGGGUAAACCUAUUUUACCCAUCAGUUUCCUUGAAGAGUGGCCACCUCGGUGUCUUGCUAUUCAGUUUGCAACAACACAGUUUAUCAGGUGGAAAACUCAGGAGCAAAUUGAAAAAGAAUUGGCAGGUGGGAAAGGCGCAGACGCAAGAGAUAUUCGCCUCUGGGAUCACCAGUAUAUUGAGUUUGUUGCUAAAGAGAUUGAACAUCGACUGAAAACUAUGAAAUCAGGGCAGACUUCUAUGUCUAAGCCUGCACUUACUAGAAUGAAAACCUUGUUGAAAACAUUUGCUGGUCGCCUGCCUGCCAAUGCUACUCCAGUUAUUACUUCUCAUGAUACAGAGGAAAUGUCAGGACCUAAAAUUGUCAUUUGUGUUCAUCCUGAUCAAGCUAACUUUGCUUUUGAAUUACGAGGCUGGUUAGAAGAAGCAGGGCACAACUCCUGGGUGUCUGCUGUUCAGGGAGAGCCUUUGUCUUUGGGUGAUGCUGAUAAAAUUAGGUCAAGUCAAGUUGUUGAUCUGAUAGCACUGAAGAAAGAGACAUCUAAAAACAUUGCUGUGAAUACUGGCCUGUACAUCACACCCAAACAAGUCCAAGUGUUCCAGGAAGCAGUGGACAAGGCUGCACUUGUCAUUAUUAUACUUUCAAAAGCUUUUACUCAGUCUAAGCUUUGCCUUCAACAGGUAUUCUACUGUGAACAUAGAAAACUCUUAUUGCCUGUUUUAUAUGAUGAGUUUCGUUUCCCAAGCUGGUUGAAAAUGUUGAUCAGAACCAAGAGACUUAUAGACGCUAAAAAAGAAGGUUUUCGUCAAGCACUUCUCAUGCAGGUUGAAAGAGGGUUGGAUCCGACGGCUAAAAACUGCCUUGAAACAGACAGUCAAGAGGCUAACAUUGCUCUAGCUGUACACUAUGUGAAAAAAUCACUUCAAGUUAAAGAAUGUGUUUAUGUUACUGGCACCUCCAAAAUUCUGAGCACAAGAUCAGAAGAUGUUUGCAAGUCUAUUGGGCGACACUUGGCCAAACUUGACAAUCUUUUUGUAGUCACUGGUGGGUGCUAUGGUACAAGUGAGCUGGUGGCUAAAGUUUUCAAUGAAGAUAAAGAACAGCAAGGAUCAGAUUCCAACGUGUGGCACAUACUGCCUGAAAUGGAAGCACAGAAUGUUAAAGAACAUUACAAUCAAGGGGCUGAUGGUACCUUUGCCCUGAAAGACUUUGGAAAAACUUUAUUUUGUGGCAACAGUCUGUGGGAAAGAGAGGCCAUUGCCGGAAGAUGCUUCCAGAUUUGUUUACUUAUUGAAGGUGGUACUCAUUCAGCCCAUGAAGUGGAAGAGUUUGUUUGGAGUGACCACAUAGUUGUUCCUGUCUGCUGCUCUAAUGGAGCUACCGUUGGGGAUGUCAAAAUUUCAGACAAGAUGUAUCAGAUGCCUCCUGGGGUUAAUGAGCGAGACUGGAAAUGUCUUAAUGACCCGCAGACCUCUGCUGAAGAGAUUGGCUUGGCAGUGUCCAGGGUGAUCACAGGUCUGCUUCAGCAUUGCCAAAACCAAGUGGACAGCCCAAGGAAGAGUCGUCUCCAUCAAACAGGGUCCAUUCCAGAGGACCCAGAAAGUGAAGAAGCAGAAACCAGUGCCUCCGCUAGUGAGUCAGUAAGCCUGUCACCCACAAAAAAGAAUGCGGCAUGGAUUGCUAAACUCCGCAGCCUGCAAACUUUUAUUCACCCUCACUAAGUUGUUUUACAUUGUUUUAAUUUCACAAUCAGAUUAACUGUGACAACCUGCAGAACAUUGUUUAGUCUCAUUAUUUAUAGUGAAACUUUUUGAAUUGAGCAUAUAAACUAAACUAAUGUUAUGAGAUAAUAAUUGUCUUAUUCUUACUUUAUUAUAUCUAGGUUCAAGCAUAACUUUUAAUAACUAUGAAUGGAGGUUUGUUAAAAGGUUUCUUAGAAGGUUAAAAAAAAACAACCUAUUUCAGCUUGGCAUCUUUUGUCAUUGUCAAACAACAGAACAUUAUUUUGAAUACAUCAGUAAAGAAACACAAUUGGUUAUGUUUUAUUUCUAUUGCACAAUUAAACAGAGGAAUCGAGAGAAGCUCUUCUAUAUUAUAGAGAAAGAACACUUUGGUUAACCCUUGAGACAUGAUUUGAAGUUAAGACUAUCUGCCAGAACCCUGAGGGAUUAUUCAGUAAAAUUACUUUAAUGAUUUGAAGUGACUUGGUAGGAAACUUUGUAGUAGAGCUUCUUUUACUUGCACUGAUUUAGCAGCAAUCUUGUAGUGGUGGGACUAUUACAAACUGUAGUGUUGUUUGGAAGAUGCCAUGCUAAUGAUGACUCUUCUGAAAUGUUACUGUUUUGUUAUUUGUUUGUUUUUUUAAGAUGAAAGAUUUAUAAAUGGUGUUCUAUUUAAUAUUUUUAAUGACAACGAGGGAUUCUAUUUUUUUUUAACUUUUGUGCUGUGUAAACCUAAAGACUUAGAAACUUCAUGUUGAAGCAUUCAAAGAUACAUGACAUAAACUAUAAUUACAUUAUUCAGAAAUUAAUUUGAUUAGGUUUUCUGAUUUAUAUAAAGGUUGUGUGUGCAUGGAUCUGACAUUAGGGGAAAAUUCUUUUUGAGUUUAAUGGAAUAUGAUCUGAAACUACAUAAGAUUUGCACUAUUACUUUACACUAUUGCCAGUAUUUAAGAUUUUAUUUUUGAUUUCAUGUGUGAAUCAGGUAAUGUUGUUUUAUUUUACAACACAUGAUUUGUUUUUUUUUUUUGGUUGUUGUUUUUUUUUUAAUAUUUUAAGUGUAUUCUUUUUGUAUUAAACAUUUCUGUGGUAAAUGUGAUGAAUUAACCUACAUUAAAGGUGACUUUUCUUCACUGUAAUGGGUACCAAGCAUAGAAUCAUGUGAACUAGUACAGUAAUCAAAAUGUAUAGUCAAUGUGAUAUUGUUUUUCAUGGACUGGGUGUAAAGAUUUGUCAUGUUUGACUGUAUGCUUAACUGUGUCAGCCAUAAUCUAAUGUUACAGCCUAUUCUUUUACCAUUUAAUUAAUAUAAUAUUGAAACACCAGCUUUUAUCUUAUGUCAGGGAGCCUCUUGGACAUCUGAGAUCUCAAGAGUAGCCUUCUGUCUCAGAAUUCCAAGAUGUUUUUCUUUUACACACACUAAGAAAUAAGAUCAUUUCAAGUUUUUACUUUGGAACAUUGUACUGCUAAAUACUUUUGUAAAAUUUGUUCACUCCUAUUUAACCAGUUUAUUAAUAAAGGCACACUAUUAUAUGUAUAUAAAAAUCACUGAUUAUAAGUCUAGUAUUUGUAUGUAGAUAUUGUUCAUAGCAAAUGUUUCUGUAUAAGACUGAGUUGUUUUUAUUUAUUUUUGUAUAGAAUACAAAGUUUAAUGGUCAUGAAGAUCACUCUGACACACCAUUACUCAGACAUACUCACUCUAACAUACUCACUCUGACAUACUCACUCUGGCACACACUCACUCAGACACUCAUUUUUCUGCACUCUUGACAUGCAGCACGUCUUUGAGUGUUGACUUUAUUGACAGUGUCACUGAGUGAAGCUUUCUUUAUACAUACAUGCUGAAAGAUUUACAGAUGGUUUAAUAAUAGGACCUUCUUGUUGUUCUAAGUCUAUCAGUCUAUAGUGCCAGCUCCACCAAGGAAAGUGUAAGUAUGGGUAGUCUUUUAUUCAUGGGCCAUUCUUGCUUUUCUUUUUAACUCGAGCUGUUCAUGAUUUACCAAAGGUCAGGCUAACAUUGAGUAUUGUAAUGUUGGUCAAUGUCCCCACACACCACCUGAGGUGCUAAUGUGUUUUCAAAUAAGUCUACAGCGCUGACAAAGUGGCAACAUUCCCAUUAACACUAGAAGAAGGGGAGAUAAUGGGGGUUGUGAGCAGAGCAUAAAGCAUAAUUAUUUUUUUUAACAGGCUUGUAUUUUUUUUAUUUUUUUUUCAAACCACGAUUAUUUUAAUUUUACAAUGUGACAAUCACAGGAAUUCUGUUACAGAGCUUUAUUUUGUAUUAUUAUAAUUUCUUAAUUUUCAUCCCUAAGACUUUUAUAUCACCUGAUUCUGUGCUACCCACCAAGAGUUAUCUGGUGCUACUAUUGUGUCCAUUGCAGUAUAUCAUGCUACCACAGACCCUCAUGUUGAUUGUAUGUUAUGCUAAGUAUUACAUUCUAUUAUCUCUCUGCUAACAGGAGUGAAUUCAACACCCAAGUCAUUGUUUCUUUUUGAAUAUUUCCAGACUCACAAAUGCCAUUCACUAAGUGCCCCAGUUCAUAUUGAAAUCUCUCAUAAGGGAAACAUAUGUCGUAACCCCUCCAGCAGCCAUUGGAAGUGAAGAUACAUUCCAUUGAAACAAUCAAUCACUGGAAAUGUAUUUGGAUCAGAUGUAUUGAAAUCUUCAUGAAAUGUGUAUUAUGUAUUUACAACCAGUUGCUUGACUUGUUACUCACAACUAAGUAUUUAUCUGUUGGUUUGGUUUUUUUCCCUUGACAAUCUGAUUAUGUCUUCAGGAUGUUUAAAUUUCAUUUGAAACUUCAGAACAAAGCAACAACUGAACCAGCUACAUGGUGCACAGUUACUACUCAGACUUUGAACAAAUUAGGUCUGAUGUAUCUGGAGGGCUGUCCAGUGGUCUGAUGUAUCUGGAGUGCUGUCCAGUGGUCUGAUGUAUCUGGAGUGCUGUCCAGUGGUCUGAUGUAUCUGGAGGGCUGUCCAGUGGUCUGAUGUAUCUGGAGGGCUGUCCAGUGGUCUGAUGUAUCUGGAGUGCUGUCCAGUGGUCUGAUGUAUCUGGAGUGCUGUCCAGUGGUCUGAUGUAUCUGGAGGGCUGUCCAGUGGUGAUACACUUUGUGAAAUGUAAAAUUUAAAAAAAAAAUGUGGUCUUCCCAGAAUUCAGCAUUGCUAAGUCUAAUUGUGAUCCAUUGGCAUUUUUUUUUUGCCGACUAUGUUUUUCUUCACUACAGAAGUAGGCAACUUGUAUUAUAGAAAUAUACUUAUUAGUGAAUCGAAUAAAGAUUUUAUUUGUGCUGCAAAUAAACAAAGGCAUUGCCUUGACAUUGUGACCAUAUGAAGAAAGAUAAUGAUUUUAUUUGUUUAUGUAUGUUGUUGGUCAAGUCUGGUAGACACAUGUUUUUAACUUUAUAAAGUAGUUUUGUGCCUUGCUGUAAUAAGCAUAUUAAGUCCAUAAGAACUUUGAAAAGACUGCCUGGAGUAGAUAGUGAAUGAUUAUCUAAUAACAUGCACCCCAACUUGUUCAGGAGGGCAAAGCUCAAAACAUUGAUUCAAAAACAGCUUUUAAAGUCAUUAUCUUCCUUUGGAACCAAUGCAAAGACUGAAUGAAAAAGAAAGUUAUGUAUUUCUCUUCACCACUAAAUCAAGACCUUUUAGAAUUUUUGCUUUUCCCUCUGUGCUCCUGGUGGGGUGUGCAAGUAUUUAUUUCUUCUUAGUAAAAUUGUGUGAGACAGCCUCUCUGAAAUGAGAGUAGUUCCCCCUACUUUUUAUUGUACAGGUUGAUUUUAUUUCCUUAUGAAACUGUUGUAGACCCACAUUAUUGUAAAUAGAAUACAUCUGCUCCAGCAGGGAAGGGGAUGGUUGGGCAGGGGGUGGGAGAAAAUCUAAACAUAAGUUACUUUGUUUUCAUAUAUUGAUGGGCAGCAUAACCUUAAGUCAACCAAUCAAUGAAAUACUUUUUAAUAACUCCAUACAAUUAUGUCAGGUAAUUUCAAAUUGUAAAUAGCAAAUAGCAGGAGUUUUUGGUUUAAAAGCAAAUGAAAAUAUUCAAAGCUGUGAGAAAUAGCUUUGUUACAAGUCUUUCUGGGUUAAACCAAGCAAAACAAAGCAUUUCUUUCUUUGAACUAGAUUGAACUCCAAAACAGCUGACAAGUAGAUCUCUAUGUUCCACAGAACAAUAAUGCUCCGUUUUAUUUUGAGUUAAAUCUUGAUUUUAAUCCAAGUAUCUUUUUUUAAUGUUUUCUAGACUUUUUUUAAAAUGUGAUUUCUACACCCACUGUGUCACAAUUUUAAUUAGUUCAGAACAGGAUUACAUCUUUUUCUUGUUUUCACAUUGACCCCCCCCCCCUUCCUCCCAUUUAUUUUGUGUUCUAGAAAAAAAAUAUUUUUUUUUUAGCUCUCUAGACAGACAUUUAUGUUUUUACAAGAGAGUUUAAGCUUCUUGUAUUUGUGUAUGCUUAAAAUACUUGGACAUUUUAACAAAAGUUUUUUUCUUAUUUGUUCUUUACAAUUUUGUUGUCAUAGAACUCCUGCAAGAGAAUGCUGUUUCACCUUUUUAAAUGCAUGUUUUAUUUGAAUAAAGAUUAUAAAUGGUAA